AUGGUACCGGAUGAUGUGGAACCGAUGGAAGUGGAUGAUGAUGGAGCACUAAUUGUAGAUUUGAAUGAAACUGUAGAGGAAGAUGAAGAGACAAAAAAGGAGAAAAAACGAAGAAAGCGGUUUCGUGAGAAAUUGAAACGAUUCGAUCAUUAUUCCCAGUUCAGUGGCAUCUCUAUAGCACAAAUCGAUUGGCCUCUAAUACAAGGGCGCUCCCUGCAGAGGUCCCCCUUGACAGGACAGUCUUUUAAUGCAGACGAAAACAUUUUCCGAAUCGACGAAUGGCCACGAGAGACGUUUCUCCAAAUCACAUCAACCCUCACAUUCUGUGCUGGUGCCGCCCUUUUGAGCAACGAAAAAAUCACACUUUUCGUGUUUCAAAGAACAAUGAAAACUCUGGUGGCGUACUGUAAUUUCAUGUAUCAUCGUGCCAUAACACAUAAUCGGCGACAAAUCAAUCGAAUAGACGUUCACGAACUGAUCUCCAGGAAUCCGUUGAGGUUUCACAUGUUUCUUCAGAAAUUUCUGCCCCACCCCGACAUCAAUCGAACGCAUUUCAAUAACGAAUUCCUCUACUACUUUCACAAUCUCUACUUCCAAGAUGAAACGUGUCGACUACUGUAUCACGAUGUCGCUCGAUACUCCCCAAUCAUAAACCAACAAGGAACCCGAAUGUCCCUUCAACACCAAAUUUAUUAUCCAGAUGUCAUGAGGAAUCCGGCUUUUGAUGCACUUUGGUUCACUAGUUUCAUCAAUCCCUCUGGCUACAGUUUCUCUCGUUUUCACGCUUAUCGAUUUCAUGAGGCAUUGGGAAUGCCGCCGUUGGAAUCCGAGCUGAUUAUUGUGCUGGAUUGGCUGGCGAAAUUGAUCAUUUGUGAUAUCGGCUAUAAAGUUUUGGCAUGGCGAGACGCGCGAGGAUUCCAGGGUUUGCCGGAUUUGUUGAGUUUUCAGAUGGCCAUGUUGGAAGAGGGCGAUCCCCUAUUCGAUUUGGACAUUGACUACACAGCUCCACCAACUCGUCUAUUCUCGGAACCCACCCGGUUCCAAACCUACCCAAAAUUCCAACCACGUCGACGAAUAGAUUUUCCUUCAAGAUUCGACGGUUUCUACAAAAAACGACGGCUCGAGCGAGGCCUUGAGGAGAUCCAAGAAUCAUUUAUUAUGAAUCAUUUUCCCACGAAACCCCUACGAACCGUUUACGUCUAUACGCAUCCUGAAGAACGCCGACGAUAA